AACAAAAGAAAAGUAAAAGAAUAAUGGUAAGGUCCUAAUGGCUUCGGAGAGUUGAAAAACUGGUUCCGAGGUGCACUCUUGUUUUGCACAUCUUCAAUCUCGGUGAUGACUCUGUGCAAGAUGUUGGGAUUUCUUAUGCUGCUCAUCGCGGCGAGUAAAUCGCAAAUCCACUUCAACGAGGAGAAAGCACCUUGCGACAUCACUUACAGCGAUCUCCACUGCAUCCACAUCAAUAAAUGUCCAGAAGCGCUUUCUGGGAUCCGAAGAGGAAUAUUCCCGAAACCAUGCGGAUUUGAAGGGAAGAUGCCCUUGGUUUGCUGCAACGAAUUAACCAAACCGGGCAAAAGAAGUAUCAGGCAAUGCGAUCAUACCUAUGAGAAGGUGAAAAUUGAUGGUGAAGGUACGAUCAAGUAUACGGCUUUGGUCCUUCCGAAGCAAACUCUAUCGGAGCAGUAUCCGCACAUGGUACGUUCUCAAUGACAAUUGCUUGUAGAUAUUCCGUCGUAUAUUAUUAGAAUUAAUGUGAAAUAAUAAAUGAAGUAUU